AUGCGGUACAAAGCUGAUGAGUCAAAUUUCAGCUCACAACUCGCCUUAUGUGCCAAUUUUCUUUACUCAACGUUUUUCAAAUGGGCAUCGGACGAAUUGUGCUCACCAUUUUUCUUUUCAUACUAUAUGGCAAAGACGAUGCAUGUCUCGGUUACACUCUCAGUUCUCGUCCAUAUGGCCGGGGUUUUUCAUGUUGUUGCACUCUCAAUAAUCCGAUAUUAUUCUCUGGCUAGGCUAGCAGCUAUCAAUUCUUCACAACCAUGGUUCACUUACAAGAAAUGUCGCGUGUCUUUGACGAUAAUUUACGUAAGCGUAGCUAUUAUAUGUAUUCCUUUGCACUUCACAUCGGAAGUGGUGAUGGUGCCAGAAAACGAGGGAUGUGCAGCUCGAUAUCCGAAUCUCCGGAACGCAACAAGUUUUCAACUUCAGUUCUCUUCCUUUCCCUAUCUGCAUACCUUCAACUUUUGGCUUUUCAAUUUAUGUUCCAAGAUCGUACCAUCGAUUAUUUUGUGCCUCAUGACAUUGCUGAUUUUGGAUCAACUGAAGCGUAUCCGUCUAUUAAGUGCACGAUUUACCAGCGUUGAAAGAGACAAACAAUAUCAAAGAACUACGAAUAUGAUUUUGUAUGGCGUCAUUCGUCAGGAGUUUGUUUUUGUUACUGAAACGAGUAACUUGGUUGUCAGUCACUUACAUACUCAAUGUGGCAAAGAAUCUGGAAAGAAAAGCCAAAUAGAAGCCCAAACAAAUGCCUCAAGCUAUGCAUUCAUGAACACUAACAAAACGUCAAAGGAUUCUCACACGAAAGGCUUUCAAAGGCAAACAAGGGAUUUGUCGGAGGGGGAAAAUAUUUUUUAUAAAGGGCAACAAUGUGCGAAAAGUGCUAAUGCCUUCGAUUGUUUGGUAACUGUAGAAGCCUGCUACCAAACUCAGCAAAUUUUAGCACCUUUUUGUAUAAUUGCGCGUUUUGAGUGUCAGAAAAACGGUGCCCCAAUGGGAUGGGAUUGGAUUGAGCUCGAAUCAAAUUUUUAUAUUAUCAUGUUUAUCUUCAUCAUUGUCGAAUUUCCGCAAGGAAUACUUGCUGUUCUAUCGACGGUGACAGAAUUGCAGCUCAUAGUAGCAUUAGGCGAUAUUACCGAGAUGAUUACUUUGCUAACAUCUUGUAUUAUAUUCGCCCUAUUUUGCUUGAUGAAUGGAGCAAUACGAUCAGCGUUAAUGGAAUUGCCAUGUCUCCGAUGGCUGAGACAUUGGACCCAAAGGGCCCUUGAAAAAGGGAUUGGACGAGGAAGGGCAAGUGACAAACUACUUGACUAUUCCCUCACCAAUAAAACAAUUAUCGACACUUCUAAAGAUUAUGCGGUUUUGUAA